AUGAUAGCGCCCACGCUUGCGCGUACAGUGGCCCAAGACGCCGAGAGCUUGAAGGACCAAGAGCGAUGCGGACAUGCCGUGAAAACACUUGAUUCUAUCGCCACUUUGAAGCGCUUCUUCAACUCUCCAGUCUGUGAGCGUGGACAGUUGCCAAUGGAUAUUGCGAAAUCUUUGUCCUCAGAGAACUUCAGAGAGCUGCUCCCCGAAAUAGACACUUUCAUUUUUGACGCCGAUGGAGUGUUAUGGCUCAGAGACGAAGUGAUUCCUGGAUCUCGGCUAUUGAUCGACUUCCUAAUUAAAAACAAUAAGCAGAUCAUCGUCCUUACGAAUAACGCUACGAAAUCACGCGCAAUGUACGCAAAGAAAUUUCUUAGGUUCGGAUUUAACCAUAACUUGAAUGAGGAUUCGGUAGUGAGUCCUGCAGCUAUCGUUGCUGACGCAUUAUACAAAGCAGGUAUAGCUGGUAAUAAGAAGGUGUAUUUGAUAGGAUCUCAAGGCAUACGGGAUGAAAUGGAUGAGCUUGGCAUAGAAUAUUUCGGCCAUGGACCGGAACUUCAAGACGGUGAUGAUACCACGUUCUUACUUGACAUUGACCUCGAAGUUGAUGUUAGAGAUCCAACUGAGGUUGGCGCGGUCGUUGUUGGUUAUGACAAGCACUUCAACUAUCAUAAACUUAUGAAGGCGGCCAAUUAUCUUCAGCAACCUCAUUGCCUCUUCUUAGCCACAAAUGAAGAUGAAACAUGUCCAGGUUCCAAUCCACACACUGUGAUUCCGGAUGCUGGUCCACUAGUAGCAGCGGUUCGAUGUGCAUCUGGUCGAGAGCCAACCGUUAUGGGAAAGCCGUAUACGCCAGCGUAUGACUACAUCAAAAGGCAAUGGAACAUCGAUCCUGAGCGAACGAUGAUCAUUGGCGAUAGGACGAACACUGAUGUGAAAUUUGGUCGUGACCAUGGAUUAAAGACGAUGCUUGUGCUAUCUGGAUGCCAUCAGUUAGAGAAUAUCAUGGCGAAUCGUCUAAACGAGCGCUUUGACAUGGUGCCCAGCUACUAUGCAACAUCUUUAGGAGCCCUAGUGAUCAACAUGAUCACUAUGACAUACAACGAAGUCGGCAUGGAGCAACUGACGUCGGAAAGCUUCGGAAGCCUUCUAGAGGGUAUCGACACUUUCAUCUGUGGCGCAGAUGUAUGUUUUACAGGGUUCUUGUGGCUUCGAGAAGGCGUUAUACUCGAGGCUUCCAGCUUAAUAAAUAUGCUGAUUGAAAAUAAGAAAGAAAUCAUCAUUUUAACCAACGAUACUACGAGAACACGAGCUAACCACGAGCAAAAACUUAAAGAACACAGAUUCAGUCCCAAACUUUCAAAGGACCAUAUUAUAACACCAGGACUUGUUGCCGCCGAUUUCAUCAAAAAGUCAUCGAAUUUUAAAGGGAAAGCAGUUUACGUAAUUGCAUCCGAAGGCGUUCAGGACGAAUUUGCAAGUAGUGGCAUCAAAUAUUUUGGAGAAGGACCGGUCUUGUUACCCCACCCAAAGACAGAAGCUCUUGUCUUUACCCCCGAUCUUCCUGUGAAGACAAUGCCCUCACGUCAAGCUGGUGUAUUUUUAAUGAAAUUACUCCAUCAAUACGUGCUUACCCUUUUUGAUAGUCGGACAGCACUUCCCGCGAUUUCAUUCUUUCUUUUUGAGGUGGAGGACGUAGGCGCAGUUGUGGUCGGUUUCGACGAAAAUUUCAAUUACAAGAAAAUGAUGAAGGCAACGAACUAUUUGAAGAACCAAAAAUGCCUUUUUCUUGCCACCAAUGACGAUGCUGCAUUUAGUUCUCAGAAGAAGGACAUCAUUGUUCCAGAUGCAGGCAAGCCAAUAAUAGACCAUUUAAAGAAGCUGUUAAGACCAGUUGACUACAGGAAAAUAUUGAUGGAAGGAAAUGUAGGUGCUAUUGUUGCCGCUGUAAGCAAAGCAUCCAACAGAGAAGCGAUUGUCAUCGGAAAACCGCAUCGUCCAGUCUUCGACUAUAUUAAGAAGAAAUGGCAUAUUGAUGAAACCCGAACGAUGAUGAUUUGUAGCAGGUUCGAUGAUCCUUUCAAUGUUUAG